GAAUCCUUCUGUAUAUUAUCUCACCGUGUGUCAAGAAGUACUUUCAGUUUUCAUGUUUUUCAUAAUCUUGACGGACAUAUCAACUUAUCAUAACUUCAAUUUUCUUGCAGGAGUGAUAUCUGGAAUUUUUUCCCAAAUAACAUCCUUAAGUUUCGAGAUACUGUCGAAUUUAUUAUCCUCGACUUCGAAUGCCUCUUCAGGAUGUUUACUUAGAACUAGACAAUUAGACAAUAUAACAUGA